GCAAAAUAUAAAAAAUAAAAAAAACCCUGAAGGAUGCUGCUCGAAAACAUGCAACACUUUUUAGCUUGCUCAUUACUGAACAUGCGGAGAAUUGAGAUGAGCAGGAGGGGAAAAAAUUGUGACAGGAAAUGCGCGACGCUCUAUUUUGAUCUCAUUCGCUCCUCACAGUAUUCGAGCAUGUACCGAGUGGUGAUGGCUACAACUACCCUUCUGAUAUUUUUUAUUCUCGUGGUCGUUUUACUGAUUUCCGUGACUGAAAGUGGCGUCGAGGGCAGUAAAUUUAAGGUCGACGAUGAGUACGAAACAUGGCAUGAAGGUCAAAAGAUUCGGAUGCGGAGCAAGAAACGCCUGAAACACCCCGAACGAUUAUGGAGAAGGGCAGUCGUGGUUUAUAAAUUGGACAGAUCAAUUCGCUGUCCUUGGUCAACAAGAUGUUCGACGUUGAUGAGAGCGAUGCACGAAUAUUCGAAAAAAACAUGCGUGCGUUUCCAAGAGUGGACUGGAGAACAUGAUUUCGUGCAUAUUUCGAUUGGCUCAAUGACGUCUCUCGGAGGGAGAGUCGAUCAUAUCGGGAGAAAAGGUGGUGCACAAACAAUGUCGAUAGACUGGCGUGCCUGGCAGAAAUCUGUUGUCUUGCACGAGAUGGGACAUGUCCUAGGUUUAUUCCACGAGCUGGCCCGGCCGGACAGAGACCUUUACGUGGAUGUCUUCCCCGAGAACAUCAGACCGGAACGCAUGGAAGAUCUGAAAAAACUCAGUCCGGAUGAAAUAAACCUACUGGGGAAACCCUUUGAUACGAAGUCAAUUAUGAUGUAUGCUUCAGAUGUUGGUGCAAAGGGAAAUCCCAUUCAGAGACUCCUCAAUCCAGCGUAUAAAACGAAAUGUGGACGCGUGCUAAUUUGGCCAAAAUAUCAUCUCAGCGCUGGUGAUGUCCAAAUGAUCAACGAUCUUUACCGAUGUCCCGGAUCAACUCAAAAGCCAAGUUUUCCAGUCGAUGUCCUCUGUGAUUUCACGACACGUGGCGCAUGUGGAUUCAAAUGGCAGCCGUUGGGCACAUGGCAAUGGCAGAGAGAUCCGGGGGACAAGCAAGGUUUCCUUGUAAGCAAGUUAUCACAAAGCCUUCACGAGGCACAAAAAUUCGAACUUUGGACGGUCAAUUUCCAUGGCUUGAGUCCGCUGGACACCGAACGUGGACCAAACGGAUGUGUCCAUUUUAAGUACUUACGUCGCACGAUGAUACAGCCUGGUUUAGCGUCUUUGAAGCUGUUUCAGGUAGACCUAAUCACACCCCUCGAUCAAAAAUAUGAAGACGCACAGUCGUCAGAAAUUUGGCACGAUGGUUCUGAAAUAAACCAGGCAUCAGAGCUUGAGACAUGGAAUCAUGUAUCUAUUGGCAUAAACGUUUCAGAGCCGUUCAUGCUCAAGUUCGUGUCAAAAUUUGCGGACCACUCACCUGAUGACGAGAUAAAAAUUGGUGGAUUCGAAUUGAGGUGCACGCCCUGCAAAGAUCCAGGAGUUGUCAGAGAGCGAACUAGAAUUGGAAAUGAGAAAUUGGGGAAAAAUUAUAGUAAUGAACCGACCGUUGGUAUCACCAAGACUAGGUCUUGCUGGUGGAGAUCUUUCUCCGGGUUAUCCUUGCUUAGGUCAUCCUCGAAAGUAUCCUCAUUACUUAUGUCGUCUUCAACCGCAUCCUCAAUGAGAUCGUCCUCGAACGCAUCUCCUGUGAAAUCGCCUUCGAGCGGAUCUUCAAUCAGAUCUUCAAAGUCAUUCUCAGGAAACAAGCGAAGACCGAAGUUAUAUAACUAAAGUUAAGUUAAGACUCAACAGUUAGUUGUCCUCUGACAAACUUACAAGCGUGCAUGACUGCUCCAUCACGCCUUCAAUUCAAUGAUUAUAAAAUUUGUGCUGCGGCGGCGAUGAAAUAAAAGGAAAAAUCUCAAUCCGCUUUCGAGAUAUGCGAGCAUUUGAAGAGAAGUAGAAUUUACAAAUGAUUAAAUGAGACUAAGUUACGAAGGUAUUUUUCAAUUGCUACCAUCGGCACGCAUCUGAGUGAAAUUUGGAACCAUAAGAUUUUAACUUCAAAUGAAGAAAAAUUCCAGGACCAUUUUGUACUUUCGCACCAUGAGGCAAGGUCGUUAUUUUCCUCAAAAUUCGUAAAUCAUUGACCUAAAACUUUACUGCUUAGAUGUCUAAGACAGAUCAAAUUGAACCGAGGCUUGCUAAGAACGAGUGCCCUGCGUGUAUUAUGGGGUCGGUAAAUACUAGCUUUAGAUAUAGGUCUAUACGAAUACAUCGUGAAAAAGAAUCAGACAUAAAAUUGAAAAAGAAAUGAAUAAAAGGAAUGCCAGGAA